AUGCCGUCGGCUAUAGAUCCUUCCCAUUUUCCUCCUCUUUCUACAUCUCGCCAAACUUCUGCCGCGGUGAGGGCAGAUCCAGAAAAUGCGACGUCUAAAUCUUUAUACGAGGCGGAUAAGGUACCUUCUAGGGCAUCAUAUGCAGCGGCGCUGAGGCCACUUUCCCCUCGAGCAUCUAAGAAGAACUUUGAGGGCGUUGGAGAGGAUUUUAAACCAGCAAUCAUCUAUAAUAGUAAGCCAGGUAUCUUUUAUACGGAAGAAGAAGUCUCAUCGUUGGCCAAACCAUUUGAGUUUUCUUUGAUUGGAAAAUUUUCUGGAUCUCGUCCUCCUUAUGCGGUGGUUCUUCAAGCUUUUCAAAAUCUUGGUCUUUCGAGCUUUUUUAAUAUCCGAUUUCUUAGAUCUGGUUAUGUUUUUAUGCACCUCACAUCGAGUGAGGACAUGGCUCGGGUAUGGAUUAGAGGAGUGUGGUUUAUUGGAGGUGUGCCUUUGAGAAUAUUCAAAUGGACACCAUAUUUCUCAUAUACAGCUGAAUCUUCAGUAGUUCCAGUGUGGAUACGUUUUCCUGAUCUUCCAAUUCACAUGUUCAGCAAGGCUACACUUUUUUCUGCUACCAGCAUCAUUGGGAAGCCAAUUAAAAUUGAUGAAGCUACAGCAGACUGCUCAAGGCUAUUUGUAGCAAGGGUGUGUGUGGAAAUUGAUUUGCUUAAACCAAAGAUUGAAGACUUCUGGAUUGGUAUAGGAGAGGAAAAGAGACUACAAAGAGUGGAAUUUGAGAAACAUCCAAGUUACUGUGUUCAGUGUUUGCAUCUGGGCCAUUCGGUUGAGGAAUGUCAUGCAAGUGGAAAUAAUGUGAAACCAGCAGGGUGGGGUUCGACAGUGGGACCUAAAUCUGGUGGGGAGAAUUUAAGGGAGAAGUUAAACAAAAGGAAUGAAGCUGUUAUAGAAAAGGUGGAUUCUGAUUUUCAUACUGAGACACUGGAUGGUAACAUUCAGAGGGUUGAAAGGCAAGUUUGGAUACAAAAGAAAGGUGCUUCAAAAGAACAAGCUAUUAACUCUAAUUUUGUUAAAGCUCAAGGAAACAGUUUUAAUUGUCUGGCAGAUUUGGACGAGGAAAAAAAAGGAAGUGUUGAAAAGGUGGUUGAGCAAGCAGUGGCUGAUGUGGAUUCUGGGUGUAGAGGGGACAUGGGUGAUUUAAAGGGGAAGCAUGAAUUGGCAGGGAAGAAUUUUGAAGUUGAGGAACAAAAGGUAGAUGGGUUAGAUGUGCAUUUGGUUGCUGAUUUAGAUCCGGUUCCUGUUAUUAAUCAGGUCAAGACAUUAAAGGCGGGAAUAAGGAAGGGUAAAACUGUGGUUGGGUUGUUAGAAAAGGAGGCAGGUCAACAGGUUGCAAAAGUUAAUCAAGGUAGUACUUUAGUUCAAAAUCUGGAGGUGCCAUUUCUGAAGGAGACUACAUGUCCUAAAUUGGCUGCUCAGGUUUAGAUGGAAAGGGUCAGACUGUAAUAAAACCAGGGCAGAAGUUUUUAGCAGGGGGAUGCGUGGCUGCUCUGCAGAAUCAAACUAGCCCAACGUGUUUGGCAAGUAUACAGGAAAUGGAUGAUAAUCCUAUCUUCAGGACUGAAGCUUAUGCAGCUGUGGAUUCUGGGAUUUCUGAUAUGGCUGGGGAAAAUUUGAAGGAUGAAGUUGAGAGGAAUGAUAUUUCUAAGUCGUUUGAGGAGGAUGAUUCUGACUAUGGAGAGGCGGUGGAUUUACAGAGGUCUUCAUCUUUCCCGCUAGCUUCUAACGUGAAAGACCCUCUUUGGAAAACAUCUACUAUGGUCGUACCACCUGGAGUUAGCCGAAUGGUUACUAGAAGUAAGGCUCAGGUACUUAAAGCUCCUUCGUCCUUUAAUUCCUAAAUGUAUGGUUUAAUAUGGAAUAUAAGGGGGAUAGGGAAUAAUGCUUCUCUUAGAAGAUUAAUUUACCUGAAGAAGGUCCACCAUAUUAAUUUUAUGGGAAUUCUGGAACCAUUUAUCCCACUUGAUGUUAAUUUCAUUACUAGAAGAUUGGGCUUUGAUGGUGCUAUUUCUAAUUGUGCUGGUAAGAUUUGGUUUCUGUAUGAUUAUUCAAUAAUCUGUACUGUGCUGAUGGAUAAUGAGCAAUUUUUGCAUCUCAGAAUUUGUUCUCCUAAUUUUCCUAUAUCUAUAUUGGUAACUGUGGUAUAUGCGAAGUGUGAUAGAGUUGAAAGAAGGAAAUUAUGGGAUGAGGUUAUGGCUGUCAAACCGGAAAUGGAUGCAUUUUGGCUAGUAGGUGGUGAUUUUAAUGUAAUAUCAGAUGUUAGUGAGCAUUCGGCAGGAUCUCUUGCUAAGCCUGGCGCCACAAAUGAAUUUAAUAAUUUUAUUAUGCUAGCUGGACUUCUAGAUGCAGGAUAUGUGGGUGAUAGAUUCACGUGGACAAAUGGCAAAGUAUGGAAGAGGUUGGACAGGGUUUUGGUAUCAACAUGUUGGGGAGAACAGAAACAUAUGGUAAGGGUGGAGCAUUUAAGUAGGGCAGCUUCAGAUCACUGCCCUAUAUAUAUUUCUUUCCCUAGCUUUACUAUGCCAAGGGCUUCAUUCAGGUUUCAAAAAAUGUGGAUUAAACACCACAACUUUCCUCUUACAGUAAGACUGAAUUGGAUGUUACCGUGCUCAGGUUUUGGACUUCAGAAAUUUCAAUUCAAGCUUAAAAGGUUGAAGACACAUUUGAAAUGGUGGAAUGUGGAGGUAUUUGGUAAUAUUUUUGAGAAUGUAAAGAAGGCUGAAGAGGUUUUUGAGUCGGCAGAAAAGGCUUUUGAUAGCUCCCCAACGUUAGAGAAUAAAAUAUAUAUGGCUAAAUGUCAAGCUUCUUUGUUUCACAUAUUAGAUAUGGAAGAAAUGUUUUGGAAACAAAAAGUGGCAGUGAAAUGGUUUGGAGAAGGUGAAAGGAACACUAAACUAUUCCAUAAUUUGGUACGGAAAAGGAGGAUGACAAGCCGAAUAUUCAGGAUUUGGGACGAAGGAGUUUGUUUGGAGGAUAAUAAUCUUAUCCAAAUUUUUGGAGUUCGUUUCUUUGAAGAACUUUUAACAGGGGAGGAUUUCGAGUGUGAUUCUGUAGAUAUGGACGCCAUUCCACAGUUGGUGAGUUUGGAAGAGAACCAAGCCUUGUCAGCAUUACCAUCUAUUGAGGAGCUGAAACAAGUGGUAUGGGAGAUAAGUGAAGACAGCGCAGCUGGUCCGGAUGGUUUCUCUGCAGCUUUUUAUGUGGCAUGCUGGGAUGUUAUAAAGGAGGAUCUGUACCAAGCUAUUGUAGAAUUUUUUUCAAGGGGGUUCUCUUCCGAAAGGCAUGGCAGCAACUACAAUAGUGCUUAUCCCUAAAGUUGACAAUGUGCAGUGUUGGCAAGAGUUUAGACCAAUUAGUUUAUGCAAUGUUUCUAAUAAAAUUGUAUCUAAAUUGUUGGCAAACAGGUUGAGAUUGAUGCUGGAUAAAAUUAUUUCUCCAUCACAGAGUGGUUUUGUGGCUGGAAGACUAAUUUCUGAUAAUAUUUUGCUAGCACAAGAACUCAAUCAUAAGUUGAACUAUCAUAUUAGAGGAGGGAACUUAAUUUUGAAAUUGGAUAUGGCUAAGGCAUAUGAUAGAAUCCAAUGGAGUUUUUUGUUUAGAGUUAUGGCUGCUUUUGGUUUUUCUGACAAGGUUAUUGAUAUGAUCAAGAGAUGUAUUAGUGAUUCCUGGUUUUCGGUGAGAAUUAAUGGGAAACUGUCUGGUUUCUUUCAGUCAAAAAGGGGGUUAAGACAAGGUGAUCCUAUCUCUCCUUUACUUUUUAUUAUAAUGGCAGAAUUCUUAUCAAGAGGUUUGGAUGGCUUAUUUGUUAAAUAUCCUCAAAUGUUUUUUGAAUCUGGAUGUACUAUGAGGAUUUCUCAUUUAGCUUAUGCGGAUGAUAUUUUAAUCUUGAUGAAUGGCUCAAUAAAUUGUGUUAAAAGGAUUCGAACGUUUUUGGAUUUUUACAUGACCUCUUCGGGCCAAUCUGUAAAUGCUGCCAAGAGUUCGUUCUAUCCUUCAAAAUCGAUCUCUAUUGAUAGAAGGGGUCAGAUUGCAAGUAUUACGGGUUUUAAGGAAGGUACCACUCCGAUUAUAUAUUUGGGUGUGCCUUUAUUCUCUGGCAAUCGAAAGGCAAUUUAUUUUCAGCCUCUUUUAGAAAAAGUGAGGGCAAGGCUGCUUGGUUGGAAUCUCUCUAAGCUCUCUCAUGGAGGUCGGCUCAUGCUUAUUCAAAGUGUGAUGUGCUCGGUGCCUCUCUAUCUAAUGCAGAAAAGGGAGAAAGUUGGGUUUGCAAGCUAAGUCUAUGAAAUUCUACAUGCAGAAAAAAAACCAGUACGUGAAGAUUGUUGCACAUCCUGACUUGAUCUAUUCAGAAAAGGACAAGUUAAUUUUCAUGGUUGUGGUCUGAUAAACUUAAUUUUGUGGUUUCAUCUUUUGUGGUUGUCAUGAUUGGAUACUACUUGUGGUCAUGUUUGGAUAGCUUGUAGUAAUUGUAGAAGUUUAUAAACUUAACUUAAGUGAAUGUACCUAUAUGUUGUACCAGUUUUUGGUUGAGACAAGAAAUGUAUUAAAGACAACUGAAUGUAUAUAUGUUGAAAAUGGUUUUGUGAAUGUA